UUUGCGUUUAGGCUUCAACCAAAUAAUUUGAAGGAAUGAGUAUCCAUCACUAUUCACCAAUAUAUCUUAGCUUUUCCUCAUCAAAUUGUGUUGCUUCCUCCUCACCAAGACCUGCAUAGGGGAGAAGGAACCUCUUCUUUAAACAGGCAUGCCUUGUUUUUAUGAUCUCCUCCUCCUUCUCUUUCACAGCCAUGGAAGAAUGGAACAUGCUUGCCGCUGAUUGCGUGGUCAUAUCAUGCUGCUGCCAGUGCUUGCUGCUGCAAAUUCUUGUCUUUCUCAUGCUGAAGCUUCCCUGGAAGCUCAUCAGGAAAACGAGGGAAUAUGCUAAGAAAAAGCUUCGUCAAAGGAAGGGAAACGAUGAUAAGAAGAAGAUAGAAUCGGCUUGUUAUGAAGAUGUUCUUGUGAGAAUUCAUGAACAGUCUUUUAGAAUUCAAGGAGAGAUGACAGUGAGAGAUGGUGAAGGUUUCGGUUGUGGUGGUUGCAUGGAUGAAGUUGAAAAGAUCAUGGAGGAGCUAUAUCAAAAGGGAGAGUUUGGAUUCGGGAGCUUCUGGGGUAGGGAAGAACCAUGCGGAUUUGCUGUUCCUACAAAAAUUCACAAUGAUCCUAAUCUUGGGAUCCAUACUCUCUAGUUGGUAAUUCGAUCGAUCGAGUAAACUUGGUAACUUCUAACAGUGUACAACUGAGUUGACAAGGAGCUGAUAUAGAUUCUCAAUUAGAACAAGAAUUAGUAAAAUAAACAAAUUUAUAAGAUUGCUUCACACAAAAAUAAUCUU